UGUAUGCCGACUGGUAAUUGUAGCGUCGAAACAGAAGCUUCUCAUUAACAAUGUUGUGGUCACGGAAGUCCAGAGCUGCCAGUACCUAAGUUCCUUGGUAAUAAAUUUGUUUACUGGUUGCCUCGGUGCUGGACACUGGUACGGUAUAAUAGUAGCCGACUGUUUCUACCGCUGAUUAGGGUUCGCCUUAAAUCGGUAUAAGCAUGAGCGUUGCAGUCGCUCUGUUGGCUCCUAGUGGCGCGCAUUUUUAAAACACAUAAGCCGUAACUCCCACUGAAAGAACCGAUUUCCUUCUUCAGUCAUUCGUCUAUUACGAGUCGUCGAACUGCUCCAGCAUUUGAGUUUGGUGUUGGCGUUUUAGAGAUAUGACUUCUUCUGAGAAAACAUUGAAGUCUCUUUCCAAUAAGAGAUCAAGAACUACAUUUGAGCUAACAAAGGAACAGAAGGCAGAUAUGCUGGAAGCAUUCCACUUGUUUGACACUAAGGGCACAGGAAAGAUUGCAACAAAAGAGCUUAAGGACAACAACAAUGAUAGCCCAGUGGUACGUGCAAGUUAUAAGAUUGCGCUUAAUAUAGCAAUAGCUGGCAAACCAUUUGCUGAAGGUUCAGAGCACUGAGCGACAUGUCUCUAUGCUGCUGCCAGGUGCCACAGACUAAGUCUGUCACCUGAUGUAGAGUCACUCAGGCACAGUUAUCACCCAAGGCUGCCGCACUACUGUGCCUUGCUGAGCGAAUCUAUUUCGACUGCCACUACAUGCCACCUUGUUUUGCAGUGGUCAACACUACUUCUCGUGGUCACUGCAUGUCACUGGGAGCUGUCUACGGCAUCUGUAUGAAUGCUGCUGAAUAAAUCAUGUUUUUGUUACCAUUGUAUUUAUGAAUCCAUGAUGGCCAAGGAACUGGUUCUUCAUACCUGCUGCCCAGCCUAUCAUCCUGCAUGUCAUCGUGACCUAUUCCGGGGUCAACAAUGCCUGUACCAUCCUGACCCCAUGACAGAAUACACAUAUAUGGCUUGUGGUCACUCCCCUUUUUAAUGUGUAACGGAUGCCUAGCAUUUUAAUAAUAAUGAUAACAAUACUCAUUUUAGCAUAACACCCAAGAAAUUUAAAUUCAGAGUAAUACAUCAUUUUAAAACCAUUGGUACCAAAAUAUGAUUGUUCCUAUGCACAAGCUGUGAUUGAUUUGUGGCUAUGAUAGCAAUAAUCUAAAAGCACCUGUGGCAGUAUCGCCAUU